AGAUGAUGUUUGUGUUGAAUCCUCAGCUGUUUAGAUUUCUCGCUUGACGUUCGUUAAUUUCAGUGUGGCGCGUAUUGUUAACACGAUUGUUACUAAGUCGUUUUUUUCGUCGAGAAAAUAACGAAUUCCCGUCAUGGUAUUGAACGAGGUGGAUAAAUUUCUUCAGGAGCUCGAGAGAGCUGAAUUGGAGGCCCUUGGUGAAGUUGCACCGACACAGACGUAUGCUCAAUUACUAGCCGUAUACCUUUAUCAAAAUGAUUUAUGCAACGCUAAGUACCUAUGGAAGCGGAUACCGGCGGAUCUGAAAGCCGGAAGUGCGGAACUAAGGCAAAUAUGGGUUGUGGGGCAGCGUAUGUGGCAACGGGACUGGCCUGCGGUUCAUGUUGCCCUCAACGCGGAAUGGAGCGAAGAUGUUUCCGAUAUCAUGGCUGCUUUGAAAGAUAACGUUCGAGAAAGAACAAUGGUCCUGAUAUCCAAGGCGUACUCGUCGUUGGGUUUAACGGUGUUCGCAUCGAUGAUGGGAUUGGCAUUGGAAGAAGCGCGUCAAAUGGCCACCGAAAGAGGCUGGACCGUCGACGGUACGAUGGUACAGCCGCGCAAGAUCGAGAAAGAGGAUCGUAACCUCGUAAACGAGGUCUGCCUUACCGAGGAUCAGCUAAACAAGCUCACGCAAUUCGUGUCCUUCUUGGAGAACUGAACGCGCAGCUCGCGGGUCCGUCAGUGACGAAGCACGCAUCGCGAAGAGCCGAUCGACAGUACUUUAAACAUAGUUUUACCUCGUAAUCGUAUUAUAUAAAGGAGGAAGUGUGCCUGAAAGGAAGCACCUGUGUCCCUACCCUAAGUAUACCUCCGGUCUGCCUACGCGUUCUGCCCGUUCGACUGGAAGAUUCAUUCGACGAAGCUCGCUGCAAGCGUGGAGUCAACAACUCGGUUAAUCAAUAAUCGAGUAAGCCGCGUAUGAAAAAAGAUGGGCUGGCAUUUUCUAGAAGAGACAUCGUCGCGAGGAAUAGUCCACGCAGAGAGAUACGGAUCCUGGAUGAAAGUACGUCCGAAUCAUCGGUGUUCAUUUUAGAGUUAAGCUGCCGAAGCGAACUAUUCUCUUGUACAAAAUAAUAAUUACGGACGCGAUCACUGCCGUCCCGAUACAGCUCUACAUGCAAA